AAAUGCUAACUUGCAAGCACUCUCCAACCAAAACAUUUUCCGUCUCCUCGUCCCAUCGGCUUCCUCGAAUCCUUCGUCUUCCUUUCCUUCCUACCCCGACCGCGACCACCAACCCCAUUUCCGGUUUCCCUCAUACGUGUACUUUUUCCCCAAGGUUCGCCUUGCCCACUCUUGCCUCGGUCCCUUCUUGUUGCUUCAUCCCAUGGAUCAGACGAACCCCGCGUACGCUGUCCCGCCGCCGGUGCCCAUGGCGGCGCCCGUCGUUCCGGUCGAUCUCACGGUCGUCAAAAAGCGUUUCGGAAGCGGCGGCGACAUGGCGGUGCAUGAUGCUUCCGGCGGCCUCGCGUUCCGCGUCGCGGCGGCGGACGGUGGUGGCAGAGGAAGCGGGGGGAGAGCGCUCCUCGACGCCUCCGGGAGGACGCUGGUCACCGUCAGGAGCAGCAAGGGGGUUUGGCAAGCAUUCAGAGGAGUUAGUUCGGAAGAGAAAGAGGUCAUCUUUACAACAACGGUAGUAUGUGCUUCUUCGAAACGAAAGGAGAUACAUGCAUUCGUGCCACCAGGAAGUACAUUUGAAGAUCCCAAACCUAACUACAUACUUGUAGGAAAUACAUUCCAAAGGGCAUGCACAAUUAUAAAUGGAAACUCCAUUGUUGCUCAGGCAAAUCUACCGUAUAAACUCAACAAGGCCUUCUAUUCAAGGCACAAGUUUAGAGUGACUAUUUACCCAGGAAAUGAUAACAUUCUUAUCAUGGCAAUGAUCAUGACCUUCUUUGUACAAAAAUGACAGAAGUGACGGAUGUCCACACUGGUUUCAGAAAAGUCUGAGGAUACGCACUGGAACGGUGAAUACCACAGAACGAGAUCCACCGGUGUACGGCCAGCGUCAGCUGUCGGCGGUCGUGCGGCCGGCCGGUGACCGUGCCAUUCGCGUCCAGCACACGAACUUUGUGGCGUAAGGUGUACAUUUGAUUCCUGUAAAUGGUUUCUUUCCUCUUUCUUUUGUUUUGCUGUCCCAGCUCGUAUUUUAGAAGAGCCAGGACGGGUUUUCAUACUACGAUCGUGUGAGAAGAUACACACGCUCUCGGGUGAUAUGUACAUAGUUGAACACAGAACAAUGAUGUGCGAGUGAUUUUUACUUACUGCCUCUGUCCAACAAAGGGUGUCUCAAGUUUGUCAAAAUUUGAAUGUAUUUAAACCUGACUUAGCGUAUAAAUGCAUUUCAAAUCUAGUCAAAGUUGAGACAUCCUUUGUUGGACGGAGGGAGUAAUAGACUUAUUUUGUAUUUAGUAUUUAGCAAGCGUUGAUUUCUAUCCAUCUCAAUUUGUAUCUAUUAAGCAAUUUAUCCAUUGGGCUGUAUGACUUUUUUGUCUUUUUAGUCA